UUUAAAUUUGUAUUUUUCCUCCAUAGUUAGUACUCCACUAGUCUAGUAUUUAUCAUUAUCUUUAUGAUUUAUGAUUGCAUAUCACAAGUCACAAUCUUCCACACUACUCUCUCUAUAAAACCAAACCAAACCUUCCCACCUUUCUUUCUUCUCUCAUUCAUAUCUACCUUUCUAUUGAAGCUACGUCAACUACAAACCCAUCAUAGUGAAUGUUGGAAAUCAAAUCCAUUAUAUCAUGUGUGGUGGUGCCAUUAUUUCCGACCUUAUCGCCGCCAAGCGCGGCCGCCGCAACUUAACCACCCAAGAUCUAUGGUCCGAACUCGACGCCGAUCUUCUCAACUCUUACAACUUUCCUCAUUCCAAUUAUUCUCCUAAACCCAACGGGCCCCCAAAACUCGGCCUGCAAUUUGAUGGGGAGAACACCAAAGAAGAAGACAACCGAGUGACGGAAGUAACUAAACCUAGUAAGACUCGGAGAAGUAGAAAAAACGUGUACCGAGGAAUUAGGCAGCGCCCGUGGGGGAAAUGGGCGGCAGAGAUCCGAGACCCGAGAAAAGGUGUCCGGGUCUGGCUCGGUACCUUCAACUCCCCCGAAGAAGCUGCCCGCGCUUAUGAUGCGGCUGCUAAGAAAAUACGCGGAGACAAGGCCAAGCUCAACUUCCCUGAUUCUCUUCCUCCACCAACACCGCCGCCGCCUUCGGAGGAAACCGAUUUUCAUCCGGCGACAAAGCGGCUGUGCAUUUCGAGUUCUUCCGAGUCGACUCAGAUGAGUUAUGACUCAAUUGAGUCGACUCAAGUCCCAAUGGUGGACAUGGGUUUAUGGGAAGAUAAGGAUAAUGUUGAUUCAGAGGGAAAUAAUGGUAUUGGGAAGCAGAAUGAGUUAGAGCAGCAGAUGUCAGAGCUGGAAUCAAUACUUGAGCUGGACCAUCGUAGUCAACUCGCUGAAUCUGACUCACUGAGUCAUUCUUGGGUCAUGGACGAGUUCCUUUCUAUACUCGAUUAUAAUGACCUCAAUGAUAAUUUUUUCUUUUGAAUCACAUGUUAUUAUUGAUGCUUCGCCUCUUUUAAUAGUAAAAAUAUAAAUAAAUCUGUUAUUAACAAUGACAUAUUACGGAAAAAAUAUUUUCUGAUAAUAAAUUUGCAAGAACAGUAAUGGGAUGUAAGACGUUGUAAUUUGUUAUAUUUUUCUUUAAAGUUUUUAAAUGUGAUAUGUUUUGGAUUGAAUUAGUUGUGUAGAUUCUAUAUAUUGUUAGGUCCUUGUAAUGU